AUGAAGUGGAUUUGGAUCCUAGAAAAGAAGAUCUUGGCAACUAUUGCAAAAGUUCUACUGGCAACGGGGAUAUGGCUGGACAAACGACUCCUGAUGUUCAGGGAAGAGGUUCUCGUGCCGCUGGAUACGAUGUACCAAGAAUUAACCUGGCUACAAGAAGAAAACCAGAGGCUGGAAGCGCAAAAUCGACAGCUCCAAGCCGAAAUAAAAGAGAGGGAUCAACUCGAUAGCCAACAGGAAGAGGACGACGACAUUCAUCUGGAAGUUGACCAUCUCUUCGAAGAUGUCCGGAUACUGGUUCAGAUCGCCAGAAAACGGACCGGGAGUCAGCGUCGGACGCCUCAUAUCAGCCCGGAUGAUGCCUUUGAGGUAUGCCAGAGAAUACUCCCAAGCCUCAAGAGGCACAAUGAGCCCGACGCUCAAUUUUAA